CAACAGUGAACCAACCCUUCAAACAUGUUCAAAUCAUUCGCCAAACCCCAGUCAUCCUCGGGUGUGCUCACAUUCAUUCGUGGAAAGAGAAUAUCGGCAACCAACCCAGCCACCGAAAGAAUCGUCCAACAACUUUCCGUUCUUGCUGCCGGUAGAAAACAACCUAAGUUACUUAACUUGAGUAAUGAAGAUAUCGUCAAGCACCGUACUAUCAUGAGUGCAUGGAAGUUGUUCACCAGGAAAAAGAAGCGUGCUGAACAAGAACAACUCAACCAACAAUAUGAAAGUAUCUGUAAUGCCAUGAAUGAUUUAAAAGAAACCAGUCCAGCUUUGUUUGAACUUGCCAGUCAUAAAGAAAAGAGGUUAAGAUUCCCAUUGGAAAUGAGAUUCCCUACCGAAUACCCACCAAAUAGACCAUGGGUGUAUAACUUCACUGGUCCUGUAAAGAAGAGAAAGUAGAGUGUGUACGUUAACUUAUGUAAAUAGAUUAUAAUAAUACAGCAUGUAUAUAUAAAGACUAAUCAUCUAAGACUCGUGCUUUACGUUUUCGCAUGGGUGUUCCUGAACCGCUGGUACUGUCGCCAGGAGAUGCCGCACUUACAGCAGUUGCGCCACUAGUUAUACUUGCUCCUGGCGAAGCAGCAUUGGCAUUCUUCAUACCUGCACUUCCUGGAUCAAUGGAAUCCUCAUAAUCAUCAAAAUCGUCUUUAUUUGCAUUAUUACUUCCAUUCAUGCCAUAGUUCCCUCCUUGUCGUUUCAUUAAACCCUUAAUGUAAUUCACCGAGCUCAAGCUGAAAAUAUGAUCAUCUUCAGUAUACACUAUCCUUCGUUUAUUCCCUCCAAAUCCACUCAGUGCUCCCCC